AUGCCCUCGCUUCAUUCUUUCUUUUUCGCGUCUGUUCGCAAAUAUAAACUCGUGAAAUUUAAUUUUCAUAGAAAUUUACGAGUUGAAGGACUCUUAAGAUGAGUUUAUCAGCUGCUCGCCCUCUCGUCAGUGUUUACACUGACAAAAAUGAGGUUAUAAAAGAUACAACAGUUUCAUUACCAGCAAUCUUCAAAGCUCCAAUUCGCCCUGAUGUGGUCAACGAAGUCCAUCAGUUAAUGCGUCGUAAUUCACGUCAAGCAUAUUCCGUCAACGCUGAAGCUGGCCAUCAAACUUCAGCUGAAUCAUGGGGUACUGGUCGUGCCGUGGCUCGUAUUCCAAGAGUUCGUGGUGGUGGUACUCACCGUUCAGGUCAGGGUGCUUUCGGUAACAUGUGUCGUGGUGGUCGUAUGUUUGCUCCAACUAAACCAUGGCGUAGAUGGCAUCGCAAGAUCAGCAUCAACCUUAAACGUUAUGCUGUCGUUUCUGCUGUUGCAGCUUCCGGUGUCCCAGCUCUUGUUCAAGCUCGCGGACAUGUUAUUGAUGGAAUUUCCGAACUUCCUUUGGUUGUAUCCGACAACAUUCAAGGAUACAACAAGACCAAGCAAGCUGUUCUGUUCUUGCGUCGCAACAAGUUGUGGGGUGAUGUAUUGAAGGUUUAUCGUUCAAAGCACUUCAGAGCUGGUCGUGGUAAGAUGCGAAACCGUCGUCGAGUCCAUCGUAUGGGACCAUUGGUUGUCUAUUCAAAGGACGAUGGCUUGCGUCGUGCAUUCCGUAAUAUUCCAGGCGUUGACACGAUGAGUGUGCAUAAAUUGAAUUUGUUGAAGUUGGCUCCCGGUGGUCAUUUGGGACGUUUGAUCGUCUGGACAGAAUCAGCCUUCAAACAUUUGAACGAUUUGUUCGGAACAUGGAAUGAACCAUCAAAGGUCAAGAAGAGUUACAACUUGCCUCAUCCCAUCAUGGCAAACACUGACUUGACACGUUUGUUGAAAUCUGAGGAGAUCAAGAAGGUUUUGAAUGCACCCAAGAAGGGAGUUCAUCGCAGUGUCCGCCGAUUGAAUCCAUUGAGAAAUGUCGGUCAAAUGAUCAAACUCAAUCCAUACGCUGAAGUAACUCGUCGUCGUGCAUUGCUCGCCAAGGAGAAGAAGAAGUUCGCUGAUCAGAUAACUGAGGCUGAAAAGAAGAAGAUCACGUUGCCUAAAGGCCAUCCAGCAAUUGUGUAUAAGAAGAACGCCGCAAAUCGAUUGAAGCUCCGCACUGCAGCAAACAAGGCUCGUCUUGUUCGCGUUGAAGCUAAGAAGAAGGCAAUUGCCGCUAAGAAAUCGAAGAAACCCGUCAAAAAAUGAACGGCUGAAGCUGCAAAAUUAAUUAAUUCAAGAACAUGUUGUACGAUGACAGAAACAUGAAUUCAAGAGUUUCUAAUAAAAAAUAAAACAAAAAACUAUUCAAUUUAAUUUA